UCAUGAAUAUUUUGCUGUUGCGUCAAAUCGCCAUGUUCGAUUUUCCUUUUUCUUUCAGACACCGACGUGUAGAAAACGUGUUAAACGUAGCGAGUGUCUAGUUUUUCCAAUUUCCGGCAAAAUGGGUUUCGUGAAAGUUGUUAAGAACAAACAAUACUUCAAGCGUUACCAAGUCAGGUUCCGCAGGCGUCGCGAGGGUAAAACCGACUACUAUGCCCGCAAGCGCUUGAUCUUCCAAGAUAAGAACAAAUACAACACUCCCAAAUACCGUUUGAUCGUCCGCUUGAGCAACCGUGACAUCACCUGUCAGAUUGCCUAUGCCCGUAUCGAAGGAGAUCGUAUUGUAUGCGCUGCCUACUCGCAUGAAUUGCCACGCUAUGGAGUUAAGGUUGGAUUAACCAACUACGCUGCUGCUUACUGUACUGGUUUGUUGGUUGCUCGCCGUAUCUUGCAAAAACUUCGUUUGGAUACAUUGUACACUGGUUGUACCGAUGUUACUGGAGAGGAGUAUAUGGUUGAGCCGCUGGAUGAUGGCCCAGGUGCUUUCCGUUGUUAUUUGGAUGUUGGUCUUGCUCGUACCACUACCGGAGCUCGUGUUUUCGGUGCUAUGAAGGGUGCCGUUGAUGGUGGUCUUAACAUCCCCCACUCCGUCAAGCGCUUCCCUGGAUACAGCGCUGAGAACAAGAGCUUCAAUGCUGAAGUUCACCGUGCUCACAUCUUCGGACAACAUGUUGCCGAUUAUAUGCGCACCUUGGAAGAGGAGGAUGAUGAUGCUUACAAGCGUCAGUUCAGCAAGUACAUCGGUCUCGGAAUAAAGGCUGAUGAUAUUGAGACAAUCUACAAGAACGCUCACGCCGCCAUCCGCAAGGACCCAGGAUUCACCAAGAAACCAGAGAAGAAGGUCACCAAAAAGCGCCACAACCUGGCCAAGCUCACCCUCGAAGCCCGCAAGGCGAAAAUCGCCAAGCACAAGGCCGACUUCCUGGCCAAGAUCCAGGCCGAUGUCGAAGCCUAAAGCCGUUUGCCGGGGUCAUUUUCUAUUCACAGCGGUUUCUCAGCUGGAUCAACGAGCGUUGCAUUUGCUUCCUCUAUAUUACAUUUUUCCCUUCAUACGGAAUGAACAGAAUUCAGAAUACAGUGUAAUGAUGAACUUAUGUUGUGGAAUUAAGAUAUGUUUUUGAAUAAAUGUAAUGUUUUUAUUCAGCUGAAACGUUAGAAAA